GCAGACAUUACAAGAAAUCGUCUACAUCGGUGUUCUUUUACUUAGAAUUUAAGUGUGCCAUCUUGAAUGGGCCAGGAAUUGAAUCGGUUAGGAUAAUCACGAGGACCGUUGUCAGUAUAUGAUAUUUUAAUAAUCCCGAACAUAAGGAAGAAUACAGACUAAAGAGUUAUGACUUUGAUUUGACUCCUCGCUAUAAAACUGGGGUCGCUAGUACAGACCGAUUACAAGUUUAGCAAGCGACAAAUUGAGCAAGUUGGCUAUAAAUUUGAAGCCAAAAAUGUGUACGUCUUUUAAUUAAAAUUGUUCCCAAAGCGACGGUAGCACAAAACUAUGAAUUUGUCCCUCUGUCCACAAUUUGAUGUUCCUUAGUGUCCGAAGACUUGUUGCAGUCUCUCCGAAUGAUGUAUAUUCAGCUUUCGUUUUGAUUAUUUGUUUUGCCUUCUUUUACCCGAUAAUCUCAGAACAGGCAGUGCAUUUAGGAUUGUGUCAGAUCGAUGAUGCCUGCCAGGUGUGCCGCAGUUGAUUGCUCAGAAGAACGAAACAAAGACACGGCUAAACGGGGGAUCACAUUUCAUGGUUUCCCCAAGGAUCCACUGCGGAGGAAGCAAUGGAUGGUGGCUGUCAGUCGUCAGACCUCGGAUAAGAAGUUGUGGGAGCCCAGCAAAAGCAGCGUUUUGUGCAGCAGGCAUUUCAAGCCCGAGAUGUUUGACAGAACAGGGCAGACAGUUCGGCUGAGAGAAUAUGCAGUCCCCACAGAGUUUGACUUCCAGUCUAUUGAUGAGAAGAUGUCAAACUCUGGUGAAGACAGUCAAUUGACUCGCCGAAUAUUCACCACUUAAGCAGCAGCUGGGAUCCUGCCCUCUUGAGAUCACACUCCUGAUGGAUAUGAUGCAUCCCUAACAUUAGACGGGUGUCCUAUUGGAGACUAAGUUGGGUGCAUGUAUGAUGAAAAAUAUUGGAUUGGUGUGAUUCGUGACAAGAGUGGAGUGGAAUCAGACAUCCUGCUAUGUUUCAUGCAUCCAAACUAUCCUGCACAGUCUUUCCAUUGGCCACCUAGCGACAAUAUUUGUUGGGUGCCAUUAUAGUGUGACAUUGCAAUGCUUACUGUACCUUCAACGGUCAGUGGGAGGCAGUACUGUCAUGAUCUCGAAGACAAAGAUGACCUACACUCUGCACUUCAAUUGAAAUAGAAGUGAAAUGGUUUACAUUCCUGCUGCUGAAAUACUAAGAUGUUAACAUUUCAUUAUAAAUAGUGUUGUUGUUAAUGAUAAGUCAAGCAGCUAUUUUUUGUUGUCUAUGUGUUGUGCUUAAUGUGGCCUUUGGUGAUUUAUUUUUUCCAUUAAUCCUACACCCAAGUUAGUGUUUAUGAACUUGAUGAUUAUCAUUACCGACAAAUGGUGACUUUAACCCAUGUUUAGAAUGGAAAAUAAAAAUGAAAGAAUCACAUAAGGCAAGUAAGACUUGUUUUUUUGAGGAAAUAAGGGACCAUGUAGGAUACAGGGAAAUGUUUUUUUUUUUUAAAUGUCUGGAUAUUCCCAUAGGCAUAAUGCAUUAAGCUGGUCUGAAA